AUGGUGACCGGAGAAGCUUUGAUCGCAUAUAGAGCUCUGCUCAGGGCUACCAGGAAGUCAUUCGCCGGAGAUCGCGAGAUGCUUAAGGCUUCGGCCUUCGAGAUCCGUAAGAAAUUCGAAGAGAACCGCCACGUGGUUUCCGAUUCCGACAUCCCUCGCCUUCUCGAAGAAGCGCGUGAGGCGGCUCAAUUCAUUUCCACCAUGAUCGUUCAGGCCAAACUCAACGAACGCGGCGGAUACGGUACUUUUUACGCCGUUUUGACUCAUUAA